GAUGUUUGCUUUUCCUUUCACUCUCUGUGAAGAACCUGAAGGUGAAGGUUUUCCAGAUUCCUGCACGACCUCCAAACUGCUUCACAGGACUGGUAACAUGGAGAAGGCUCAGGAACCUCCACCUUCAGCCACUGCUCCUCCUCUAGAUGCAGGAGCCUCUCUACCUCAGGUUGUCAUACAACAUGCUCCAGUCCUGCAGGCUUCCCAAUACACGGUCCAAACUCAGGUCACACAACUUGGUGUGAACCAGAUGGUGGUGAUACCGCAGAGCUUACCAAGAGACUGCCCUGGACAGAUGCGUUGUCCUCACUGCAACAUGACUGUAACGACGCAAAUCUCAUACAAGAAUGGUUGGAUGACCUGGUUGAUUGUUUUGACGCUGUUUUUGUUUUUGUUCUGGCCUUGUUUCAUAAUCCCCUUCUUUGUGGAUUCUUGCAAAGACGUGGUGCAUUCCUGUCCCAUCUGUAACAACGUCAUCCACAUUCAUAAGUUAGGAGGCUAGUAAUUUUUAGGAGACAGACAAAUCUCUCUUGUGCUCACAUCAGUUAUAAUAUUGAAAAAUACAUUACUCUUACAUGAGCAUAAUGAGCUGUGAUUAUACUCCUUAAUCUGUUUUUUUAUAUAUAUAUUUAAAGGGGCUUCAUUUAAUAUUUGUGCUUUCAGAUAUUAAAAAAAAUACUUAAAAUUAUCAGCAGAACAUUGAGAAUAAGUAGCUCUGAAGUUCUACCAAAUAUACUAAUGCAUUGGAUUGUGCAGAUAUGAACUGAAUCUACUCACACUGAUGACUCAGGGUCUUAUGUGUCCACUAGAGGGAGUAGUGAGUCACUCUGCUGGUUUCCCAUGAGGCCUUUGAGCAAAGUGUCAGAUAGUGAACAAGAGGAGACCUGCCAAGAAGCAACUUAGAAGAAAGUGACAAAAUGAUCAAAAGUUAGAAGCACUGUUGUUGUUUUCCCCACUGGACACAGCUGUAAAUGAAAAGAAUGGAGUUUGAUGCUGAAAAUUGCAGCAUUUCUUCUACAUGGGUGAGUUUGAUUGUGAUGCUCAUGAAGGUGUACAUAUAUCAUCCAUCCAUCCAUCCAUCCAUCCAUCCAUCCAUCCAUCCAUCCAUCCAUCCAUCCCAAUACAAACUGUAUAGAAAACAGAGGUGGAAAACAAUGCACUCCAUACUUCAUUCAGUGAGUGUAAGUGUGUGUGCAUAGUGUUGAUUCAUUGGUGGUUCUGGUAGUCCUAAGUAUGUUCUGGUCUGUUCUGGACUUCCCUCUGAUGUUGAGAGUUUGGAGUAUUAAUACUACAUAUUGCCCCUUUACUAUGUUUGGGUGUUGCAGAAGGCAUUUGGGUACAUUGUAGUUUCUAAUAACAGUUACAAAACUGUAACUUCUACCAUGAAUAAACUGUUUAACGGAGUGAUAUUUUGCAUUUUUUAAUGGAAUUAUGCAUUUUAAAAAAUUUCCCUGUAGUCUACAUAAACUGUAAAUGCUAUGCUUGGGUCUGAAUUCUUCAUUAAUUCAACUCCACAGGUCCAUCUU